AUGGCCGCUGCUAAUUUCUCAUUAGAAUUUUUAACAAAUAAUUUAAUGGAAAAAAUCGAUAGGAAGAUGAUUUUUCCCCCUCAUCUAAACGAUCCGGUGGAGUUAUUGGCAUUUAAUCGUGCUAAUCGACCUUCUCGUCCCCCUAACGGAUUUCUCCUCUGUCGUAAAAACGUUAAUAGCAUCGCAAAAGAGGUAGGAAUCGCUAAUAUGCGAGUUAUUAGCAAAGUCGCUGGGAUAUUUUGGAGGAGUGCAACUCUAGAAGAGAAGGAAAUGUACGAAAAUUUAGCCAACGAAGUCAGCACCGUCUAUACCCAAAGAUAUAACGUCGAAAAAAGCAUUCAAAGCAAUCAACCUACUUUAAUGAGAAGAAUUUCACCGGUUUAUAUUCCUUAUUAUAUCCCCGAAUCUCCACGUUUUAACUCGUAUUUUAAUGACAUCAAUGCCCCAAUGAUUACCCAAAUGGAACACCCUCUCAACACGAACUUUUUGUCGGAGCAAUUUCCUAACGGAUUUGAAUUGUAUAACGAAACAAAUACUCUCGUUACCGAAUUUCCCUUAUUCAAUGGAUCACCCGAAUACUUUAGUACUAUUUUUGAACAAUAA